AUGUCGCUCUGAAGCGUCUCUGGUUCGUUUGCCCCGCUGAGGCGUCCGGGGCUGGAGGAGAAGGCGAUGGUGUUGCUUCUGCGCUGACUCCCGGCCGGGGAAGGACGGGGGAAGGACGGGGUUUGGAGGACGAGCGGGUGGUGGCUGAAUGCGGGGCCGCUGGGUCGGGAAGGACGAGGCGCUGCUGCCGCUGUCGCCGCCGUUGUUGUUGUUGUCGGGAUCGGCCGCCUCCCAUCGCUCCAGCCCCCGACCUUCCUCCUCCUUCUCCUCUGACGAGAGAGGCGCCCCGCUCCUGAAGAGAGGUGAGCCCCGAUGAAGGACACAGGAGUUGAAGAACAGAUGAGCAGUUGGCUGUUCAAGCAGCUGAAACUCCACUUGGAGCAGGAAUGGAAAUACCAACCUCGGGAAAAAGGGCUGAGCCUGAUUGAGUGCACUGCUGAGAAUGAAAACACCUUAUGUCCAAGACUGAGGAAUGCAAAAGUAGAAGAUCUCUGGAGUCUGACCAGCUUCUUCGGGUUUGCAACAGAAACAUUUGUCCUGGCUGUCAACAUUCUAGAUAGAUUUUUGGCACUUAUGAAGGUGAAACCUAAGCAUUUGUCCUGCAUUGGAGUCUGUUGUUUUCAGCUUGCUGCUCAAAUAGUUGAAGAGGAAUGCAACAUUCCAUCCCUUCAUGAUGUCAUCCGGAUUAGCCAAUGCAAAUGCACUGUGUCCGACCUGAAGCGAAUGGAAAAAAUAAUCUCAGAAAAACUGCACUUUGACUUCAAAGCUACUACUGCCUUAACCUUUUUGCACUUGUACCAUACUAUUGUACUCUGUCAUACCUCAGAAAGGAAAGAAUUGUUAAAUCUUGACAAACUGGAAGCACAACUUAAAGCUUGUAACUGCCGACUAGUCUUUUCAAAAGCAAAACCGUCCAUCUUGGCCCUGUGCCUUCUCUCUCUGGAAGUGCAGACUCUGAAGUCCAUUGAACUGUUUGAAAUCGUCCUGUGUAUUCAGAAGCAUUCAAAGAUAAGUGACAGUGACUUACUCUACUGGAGGGAGCUGGUUUCAAAAUGCUUAGUAGAUUACUCUUCUCCUGCCUGCUGCAAGCCAGACCAUAAAAAGCUAGUUUGGAUUGUUUCAAGACGCACUGCCCAAAACCUUCAAAACAGCUACUAUAGUGUUCCUGAGUUGCCCACAAUCCCAGAGGCUGGCUGCUUUGAUGAAAGUGAGAGUGAGGAUUCUUGCGAAGAUAUGAGCUGUGGAGAAGAAAGCCUUAGCAGUUCUCCGCCAAGUGAUCUGGAAAGCACGUUCUUCUUUGACCUCAAACCGAAAUCAAAGUGGCAGGCCCUCUCCUUCGACUCAAUGUGCUAGAUUCAGCUCUUAAUGCAUUAUAGUACUUUAGGCAAUAAGUAUCUAAGCACUCUCUGUACCUUGGUACAUAGUCUCAUGGAGUACCCAAGAUGUGUACUGCGCUUUUCUCCUUAGUGAUAAGUCACAUGUAUGAAGGUGAAUCCAAUCAAGCAUUUAGGCCCUUAUUCAGCGAGAAGCAUUAAACAAGUACACAUUGCCUGCUAGCAGGCUACAAGAUAGCUGCAAGUGCUUGAAUUGCCCCGCCGAAAAUAGAGGUUGAAUUUUAACGGUGAAAUAUUUUAGGGAUAGGUUAAAUUGCAAAAACUAAAAAUAUGCUUAUUUCUUUUCGGGCUGAAGUACUUUAACCAAAACUUUCAUGGUGCAUUCUUUUAAAGAAAGGAUCUCUCAUUUUUUAAAAGCUUUGUUCAAUUUUAGGAAGCUUAUUUAAUCAAGCAUAUGCUUAGAUUUUUUUAAAAAAGGAGGAAUAAGAUGACCUUUUAAGUGCAAACCAACCUGGUUAAAUGUUCCAGGCAUAUUUUAGUGAUCCUCAUAUGAGGAAUGAGAUGUGUUCAGAAAGCCUUUGUGUUAAUGUAAAAAAGCAUAGUACUUAAAUUAGAAAUAUUGGCAUUCAGUGUAAAGUCCACAUUCCCGUUAACUACUAACUCCUGUAGCUUAUUUCAGUAUUUUUAAAAUCCAUAAUCAUAACAUGUUUGCAUGCUUAAGUGAAAGUUCUUAGCGGAAAGGCAAUUGAUUAUAUGCAGAAGUGUUGGUAAAUGUGAAGUUGAUAAAACGGUUGUAAUGACACUUGAUUGCUUGCCAUUUUUUUUCUUAAAGCACAGACUUUAUGGUUACAUUAUUUAGUAUCUUAAAAUAUAUGCAAAGUGAGCAAAAGAAUAAAUGUACUCUGUAGUCUAAUGAUGAUGUGAAAGCAAUGCCAUGGUAGAAAUGAAGGGGCAGCAACAGUUAGGAUUGUGUGGCCAUCUUGUCUAGGCUGAAGUGCCGAUGUGAAUGGUGAUGUGUGGUGUGCUCUGAUUUUUAUAAAGAAAAAAACGUUUACAAAAAUGUGUAAAAAUGUAAAUUAAAAUCUGUAUAAAAACUUCAACAAAAUAAGCUGAAAAAUAUUGUAUUUUUACAGUGUGUAUGUAACUUUCUAUAUGUUGCAUGUAGAUAUUAAUUUAUUGUAUCCUGUAUAUGAUAUAAAUACUGUAUAUUGAAGGCUUGCUUUUUUGGUACUACAAGCCUAAGUGUCAAAAGAUGUUUUCUGAAAGCUAUUUUCUCUCAAAGAUAACUCAGACAAUCUCUUUGCUUCAGUUCAAUAAAACCAAAUGCUUUUCCAA